AUGGAGCCAAAUAAUGGAAGUACUACAAGUAAUUCGUCGCUGGAUGAGGAGACAAUGUCGAGUGCUAUGAAUAAUCAUCAUAUACAACAACAACAUGAUUCUAGUUCACCCAACAAGAUGACAAUAAGGAAUGAUAAUGAAAUGGAGGUGGCUGUGGAUGCAGUUGAAGUAGAAUUGGAUGAUGUUCAUAAACAUUCCAAAGGUGUCACUUUUGCUGAGAAAACGAGGGAGAGAAGUGACACUAUUAAUGUGGAUCAUCAUCAGUCUAAUGCUGGUUUCUUGAAGAAUAUGGAUGACGCAUUGAAAGAGAGAUUAUUGGAAGAUAAAGUGGAUUUUCUAGAUGUAUUCGAUAUGUCAUGGGAAGAAUUCAAUGAAGAAGCAAGGUUCAACUCUGAAGGCAUGCAGACAGUAUUCUGUUUAUUGACUGUUGUAUAUUAUAUCGUUGCAAGUUAUAUUCAAUUAGAUGUUGAUCAAGUGUUUCAACCAUUAAUGAUUUUGGAUUUAGUUUUAUCUGCCUUGUUUAUUGGUUUAUUCUUUGUGGGACUAUUCUUUGCAAAGAACAAAGUUCUUCGUUUAUUGAGAUUGAUUCCUCUCAUUCGUAAAAUUGGUAAUAGAGGAGAUACAGUUGUGGGAAAAGUUUUGGAAUUAGGAUUAUUGAUUGCUUGUUUGUUGAUUCUCUUUUCAGGAAUAUUUCAGUGGUUGGAGAAUACAGUCGGAAACAGAAAGAUUUACUUCCAUGAUGCAUUAUAUUUUAUUGCCAUCACCUUGACUACAAUUGGUUAUGGUGAUAUUUCACCAACAACUGUUCCAGCAAGAUUUGCCGUCGUAAUUUUCUUCUUGAUUGGUAUCACUACCAUUCCAAUUCAAAUUUCUGGAAUUUAUGAUAUUUUGACAAGUGAAAGAAGUAUAUUUCAAGCUAAAAAUCCAAAGCUUAGAAAUCAUGCUAUUGUCACGGGAGUUUGUAGAGUGGAUGAAGUUGUCGAUUUCAUUAAGGAAUGUUUCCAAUACAAGAAUAAGAGUGUAACCAAGAUUAUAUUGGUCUUCAAGAAGAGAGAAUUCUGUGACUUGCUAAAAGAGAGUUUGAGAAAAUCCAGCUUUAAAAAUAAUAUUAAUGUUUUGUGUGGAGAAAUCAUGGACUAUGAAAUGAUGAAACUACUCAAAAUAUCUGAUGCCCAUUCAGUAUUCUUACUUAACAGUCCAAAAAUGGGAAAUGCAAGAAAGGAAGACACUUCUGUAAUUAUGACCACUAUUGCUCUUAAAAACUUUAAUCAAAAUUUGAAGGUCUAUGCCCAAAUCAACUUGAUUGAAUCCAAACAUUACGCCAUUAAGGCAGGUGCCAAGGUUGUGAUUUGUAAUGAGUCUUUCUGUACAAAGCUUCUUUCAGGCUCUUCAAGCUCUGGUGGCUUGUGUUCUUUUUUGUUCAACUUGUUGAGUGGUGCUGAUGUUGAUAUUGAAAUGGACAAGAUUCCUAAGGGAUUACUCACAGGAGACCACCACAAGUUUGACAUGCAAUCCGGAAAGAAUACUACAUCAAUUGAAAAUGAUAUCAAGUGGAUUGUGGAAUAUUCAGAGGGUUUGAAUUGUGAAAUUUAUCGUGUAAAGUUCAGUAAGGCAUUUGUUGGAAGUUUAUUCGUUGAUGCUGCUAGAACCUUGCUCAAGAAAUGCGAAAUUGCUGCCUAUGCUUUAGAAGAUAAGCAGGGAAGAAUAUUCCUCAAUCCAUCUCGAUACCUCAUCAAGGAUGGUGAUAAAUGCUUCUGUAUUGCUAAGAGCAUUGAGCAUGCUGAACAGGUUCAAACAUUCACUCAAACAGGAGACAAGGAUCAAUACAUUUCCAGGAAAAGUUCAAGAAUGGACUAUGGUGUAGAAAAAACAAAGGAAGAUGCUAUUGAAAUCGAGUACUUUGAAUCUAGAUUCGAAGAAUACUUGAAGAAUGCUGGAGAACAGUCACACGAAGAGCUCACCAAAGGUCAAAUCGAAAUAUUAAAGAUUACAGAAAAACAAGAAAAUGAAGUGGACAAUAAGAAAAAGAAAGAUAAUAGAAAAUCAAACAGAUAUGGAUUGACAUACUCUGUUGGAGGUCAUAAUGCUGACAUCUAUCUGUUGAGUGAUGAAAUUGAAACUGAACAACAGGAAGAAAUGAAUAAUCUUCACUUGGAAAUUUUACUCAAACUCAUCGCUACUGAACCUUGCUUUGCAGAAAUGAGAAGUCAGCUGAGACAAAUAAGAGAAAUACAAUCAGAGCAAGAAAGGAAAGAAAAGGAAGAUGAAUUCUACAAUUCCAUUAUUGCUAGCUAUAGCAUGACAAGAACUCCAAGAACUAAACAACAAUUCCUCAUUUCAAGUUUCAAAGUUCCAUUUGAAUUGAAAGAUCAUAUCCUUGUUCUAGGAGAAUUCCAACAACCAUUAAUUAUUUGUUCAUUGGUUAGAUCAAUUCAGAGAAGAAAUAGAAACACUCCAAUAGUAUUCAUGACCCACCUUGUUGACAAGUAUUUCAACUCUCUCUACGAAAGAUUGAAAUAUUUCAAAGAUGUCUAUUUUAUUUCUGGUAAUCCAAUCAAAUCUCAUGAUUUGAGAAGAGCUGGUUUCUCAUCUGCCCAAACUGUCAUGUACUUUACCCAAGAUGCCUCGUUGAUGAAUACAGGAAAUGAUGGUGAUGAGGAUGAAGUUGGUUCUUUCGAAAAUGAGUACACAAUCGAUUCUGAAGCAAUCAAAUUGGCUUUGGGUAUGGCUGUAAUUGAUCCUCGAAAGAAGUACCUUCUCGAAUUGGUAAACAGAUCCAAUUUGAAGUUUUUCCAACACGAAGGUAUUCCAACUUAUCAAAAGGUGAGAUUGUUAAGAGAAAAGCAAGUAUUAGAUUAUGAUAUCGAUGAUUUUGAUCAAUUCUGUUUGUUUUCUGAUUUUUAUAUUUCUGGAAAGAUUUUCCCAAGUUCUUCCUUCCUUAGUAAGCUGUUGGCACAAUCCUUCCAUAAUAGAAGAGUUGUUGAUUUGGUGGACCAAAUGCUUGCUGAUGAGUUUUCAGCUACAGAAUCUCAAUCUAUAAUCUUUGAAGUUCCCGUUCCAACAGUUUUUGUUAAUUUACCAGUUUCAGAGCUUGUUGAUGCUUGCUUUGAAAAAGAUCUCAUUCUAUUGGGUGUCAGUAGAUACAGAUAUGACAAACUAUACAGAUAUGUCUACACUAAUCCUGUCGGAACUGGAAAAGUUGAAGCGAGUGAUAUUUUAUUCUUGUGUGGAAAACGUAAGAAUUUCAAAAAGCUUCUCCAAAAACACAAAUGCAAUGAUCCAAUCUAUAAUCAUGAAUGGACUAUUACUGCCUUGGGAGAGAAACCAAUUUCUAAUGUUGCUACUAUUUUCAAAACAGAGAGCAUUGGAUCUCCAAAUAUGGACUCCCCUAUGGUCAACUCUCCAACCGAUUUACUUUUUGAAGAUAGAGAAGAGGAUUGUAAAGAGUUGAUUUCUCCAGGAACUGUUCUUUCAACUAUUGAAUUGUAA